ACACGCGCACUCACUCACUCAUACACACACAUACACACACAUAUGUACACACAUGCAUACAUGCUCACUUACUCCCUCACACAUAUACACACAGACACGCCAAGACGUUCACGUUCACUCACAAGCUCCGGUUAUUCGAGUGCGCGCGCUGGGAGAGAAGCACCACGAAACAACUCGUCAGUGAGAGAGAAGCAUCGCGCGCUGCCCGCACCUGCACACUGAUGAGGAGCGUUGCUUCGCUCGUGCGGUCCUUUAAGAUGGUCUGAAACUCAAGCGCGUUUUUUUCUUCCUCCAAUCCCCUGUGAAGAGCUCGAGCUGAGAGCCACAAUGUUGACGAGGCUUUUCAGUGACCCCUCGCUUCUCCCAGACGUGCAGAAAUACUCCGGCUGGGCGGAGGACAGUGACAGCGAGGAUGCCAAGAUCAAAGAUGAGGACCAUGACACACAGGACGACAUGGACUCCUCUGAUCUGAGAGGAGACAGCAGGACGCACUCCGAACACGCUGGGGAAGACGACGAGGACGACGAGGUGGAGGAAGAGGACGACGGAGAGGACACAGAGGGGGAAAGACCCAAGAAAAGGGGCCCCAAGAAGCGCAAGAUGACGCAGGCCCGAAUCGAGCGCUCCAAAAUGCGACGGAUAAAGGCCAACGCACGAGAGCGGACCCGCAUGCACGACCUAAACUCUGCGCUCGACAAUCUGCGUAAAGUGGUGCCCUGCUACUCCAAAACGCAAAAACUGUCCAAAAUCGAGACGCUGCGUUUGGCCAAAAACUAUAUCUGGGCCCUGUCGGAGAUAUUGCGCAAUGGUAAAAGGCCCGACCUUGUGUCCUACGUCCAGACGCUGUGCAAGGGUCUCUCCCAGCCAACGACCAACCUGGUGGCGGGAUGCCUGCAGCUGAAUUCCCGUAACUUCCUGACUGAGCAGCAGUGUCAGGAGGGAGGCAGGUACGGAUCUGGCUCCUUCUCCAUGCACUCCUACCCCUACCAGUGCGCACGUCUGUCCAGCCCCCACUGCCAGCCGGGCUCGAACUCGCAUCCGCUGAGGACGCACGGCUACUGCUCGGCUUACGACUCUCUGUAUGGUGGAAGCGGAUCCCCGGAGUACAACAGCCCCGAGUAUGAGGGGCCCCUCAGCCCGCCCCUGUGCAUCAAUGGCAACUUUUCCCUGAAGCACCAAGGCUCCGCGUCCCCCGACAACGAGAAGGGGUACCACUACUCUAUGCAUUACUCCGGCCUGCCUGGCUCCAGAUCCACCGGGGCCCACAACCUGGUGUUUGGCUCCUCAGGGGCCCGGAGCGGCAUUCACUCUGAAAACGUCCUGCCUUACCACGACAUGCACUUACACCACGAACGGGCCCCCGUGUAUGAUGAACUGAACGCGUUUUUUCACAAUUAAAACGAGAAGCCUGUUGUGCGUCCCCUUGCAAUCAACAAUCUAUCCACGGCACACUUUUUUGACAAGCUUACCCACCAGGAUUUAGGCAUUCUGGAGAGAUGUUUCACUCGUUGUCAUUGGUGUUUUUUCCUUUAAUUUAUUCUGUAUUGAACUUGCUAUAGUCAGGGAUGUAGUGGAGGGAAAUCCACCUAACCCACAAUCUUAUUUAUCCAGCUUUUUCAGGCUGAUAUAAAUCUCUAAGAGGAAAUUUGAUGAUAAACAAAUCAUAUCAACACCUGAGGAUAAAGGAAUUUCAAGUAAUAUGAUGUUUUUAAAAUGUGAUUUGUGUUUGUAUUGGUGGUUGUUUGCAUUUUGAUGACUGGAAGUCAAAGUUUACCCACUUCUUUAUUUACCACUACAUCACUGGCUACAGCUACACACCCUGACAUUGGCGGUGAUUUUCUAAUAAUAUAUCAUUAGAAAUAAAUCAGUGAACAAGCUAAUGCAAAUCACAUUUACUCGCCUGUACGUGCCAGAUUUGGGGAGGGUUUUUUUUUUUUUUUUGGAAAUGGUCAAAUUUAAAGAGGAAGUUUAGAGGAGGGGAAAUGCUGAAUCGAGAGUGAUGUGCUUAGUUGGGUAGUUUUAAAGGAAUCUGUUCUCCAGCAAAUCAAUCCAAUCGUUUCGCAUCUAUGCAAAACCCAACGAGACUACAGAGCGAGGCAGCGAGGCCCAGGAAGACACUGUAUGUUUCAUCAGCACUGUUGUUCCACGCACGGGUGUGUGCGCGCGCGCGCACACAC